AUGACCUGCGAAGCCUGCCGUACCAUUCCCCCCGUCGUCGCCGAGGGCUACACCCCGAAAGGCACCUACGAGGGCGUCGCCGGCCUCAACACCUACAUCACCGGCGCGCAGGACGCCGCCUACGGUCUGAUCGACAUCUACGACAUCUUCGGCCUCUCCAACCAAACGCUGCAGGGCGCCGACCUCCUCGCCGCCCGGCUCCACGCCGUCGUCCUCGUCCCGGAUUUCUUCCACGGCGACAAGGCCGACCCCGCCUGGCUGCCGCCCGACACCCCGGAGAAGCAGGCGGCGCUGACCAAGUUCAUCUCGACCCGCGCCUCUCCCACUGACGCGGUCAAAGUGCUGGAGGCUGCGGUCGCGGUCUACCGGGAGCGGUUCCCGCGUGUGCAGGCGUGGGCUGCGACGGGUUUGUGCUGGGGUGGGAAGGUGGCCGUUCUCGCCUCCGGACCGAACACGCCCUUCAUCGCAUCGGGCCAGGUGCACCCCGGACGCAUGGACGCGGCGGACGCGCAGCGGCUGACGAUCCCGCACGUCGUGCUGGCGUCCAAGGACGAGCCCGCCGCGGUGGUGCAGGCGUAUGCGAAGACGAUCGCCGCGAACGGGCUGGGCGGGCACGUGGAGACCUACAGCACCAUGUGGCAUGGCUGGAUGGGGGCCCGCGCCAAUCUGGAGGCGGAGGAGAGUCUGGCUGAGUAUAAGCGGGGGUAUAACCAGUUGGCGGAUUUCUUUGAGAAGUAUUUUCAGAAGGUUGGGGCUACAGUUCAAUAA